UGUGCGCACCUGUACAUUUGUCUGAACGGUAGACAUUAUAGCCUACGUACGUUAUUAUAUCAGUUGCAGGUUACAAGAGAGGACAUCGUUGGACCACAUUACUAGCUGCAGCUAAAGGAUUAAGCAGACAUGAAGGUAACGGUUAGUUCACCAACGGUUCACGCAGCGACCAUAGUUCUCGGAUGUAUCCUACUCCUAUCGGCAUUGGGGGAAGCAGGGGCCAGGAAGGUAUUGGUUUUGUCUAUGCAGUUUGGGAGCCACCUGAACGAGUUUGCUGCUAUCAGCCAUGGUUUACUUGAGAUGGGCCACACCGUCCACGUUGUAAUGGAUGAAAAUCUUAAGAAUCCAACUCAAUUCAGAGGUAUGGACGUUCAAUUUCUAUACUACAAAUCGCCGAAUAAGUCGAUGGUAGACCAGAAACUUGUAGAUGAGCGAUGGACUGAGGUAUUCUUGAUCAAGCGACUCACAAAAGCGGAGGCGGUUAACACGUUGACCCAACCGCGAUUCACAUACGAUUGCAAGAUGGCACUGCACGACGCCGAUCUAUUAAAACACCUGGAGGAAGAAAAAUACGACAUUGCUCUUGUAGACUUACUCAUACCAUGUUAUUAUCUGUUGACGCACAAGAUCGGUGUUCCUACAGUCAGCCUCUCUACCUUACAAUACACGUGGUUUGUCAAGACCCAUCCACUUGUGAACUUUUUUGCACCGUGUGGAGUGGACGCAGAAACGAACACAUUUUUGACAAGACUAACAACUUUUUUUCUAGUGAUCUAUUUCGAGAGGUACGUAUUGGUACGUACAUUUGUGGAUAUGCAACAGUUCACGGAAUAUGGCAGAGAAAAGCCUUAUUCCUCGUGGCAGGAUAUUGCUAUGAAAUCAAAACUAUUCAUCAUGAACAAAAAUGGCGUCAUUGAUUGCCCAACACCGUCCAUGCCGAAUCUGAUACAAGUCGGAGGCCUUACCACAAAACCUCCGAAACCACUGCCUGCUGAUUACCAGAAAUUCGUAGAUGAUUCGCAACAUGGCGUCAUAGUCCUUUCCUUUGGCUCAGCAGUAGCCUACAUACCAAAGGAAAUGUUCCUAAAGUUCCUCUCUGCAUUCGGAAACAUCAAACAACGCGUAAUCUGGCGAAUCACGAGAACUUACGACGAAACCAUCCCGGAGAACGUGAAAAUUGUCCAAUGGAUGCCGCAGAACGACCUUCUAGCUCACCCCAAUGUCAAGUUGUUCAUAACACACUGCGGUGGCAAUGGACAGUUUGAAGCCGUUAACAACGGUGUCCCUAUGCUCAGUUUUCCUGUCUUCGCAGAACAGGAAUACAACGCCCAGCGUGCUUUCCACAAAGGGUACGGUCUUCGUAUGAACAUCCAUAACUUCACCUCAGAAGAACUCAUCAAGGCCAUCAACGAAAUCAUCCAGAAUCCAAAGUAUUCGGCGGCUAUCAAGAAGGCGUCAGCCAUCCAUAGGAGUCUGCCUGACCCCCGGAAGACCAGCGCAUUCUGGAUUGACCAUGUCAUGGAGCACGGGGAUGACCACUUGAGAACGUCCCUCAGUGAAAUGACAUCCGUUCAGUAUUUCAUGAUAGAUAUAUUCGCCUUUCUUGCACUCUUCGUUCUCUUAAUCUUAUUCGUGUUGAAAAAGCUGGUUCAAUUUGCUAUCGUAAAAUUUGCGGGACAUCGUGAGGAUGUAGCUAAAAAAACGAAUUGAUUAUCCUCCCGUCCUUUGUGUCUGUGUUUAGAGUUGAAGAUGAAGCGCAUACAUGUAGCAUUUUCAUGUACCCAUAACCACAAAUUUGACGGUACAUGCUCAAAUAUGACACUCUAAAUGUACGCAUAUUGUCAGACUACAUACGCGUACAGUGAAAGGCAAAUAUGAUGUAUUUAGGCUGAAAGGGUGGAUGUCGUCCUGGGUGCCGACAAAUGGUACCCAGGUUCGAGAUCGACUGGACAGUAAGCACCCUGGGUGCCAUUACACUAGACAAACAGCACCCAGCUUCUUUUUGCCUGGCUUGCGGAUCUUAGGGACGAGGAAGUUUCUUGCAAUUUCGUUUUAUCUCGCGCCGUGGUACUUGCGGCAUUAGCAGUGCGCGAAAUAAAAAAACACAUAAACAGAAAAAAACGCGUUUAGGCCUAUAGGUCUUUGAAAGCACAUUUCGGAUGAUUUAUUCAGAAAAGGUAUGUAGGAGGGAUAUAUUCAGAGAAUGAAAAAUUGUGUGGUGACAAAAUGAAUGGAUUUGCUGCGUAUUUUUAUUUUCAUUUUUCUUAUGGUUAUCGUGACACGUGACCUCCGUGAGCGUGGGGCCAACCUCGAUUGUAGGUAUAGUAAAAGUGUAGAAGAAGAAGCUGGGUGCUGUUUGUCUAAUGUAAUGGCACCCAGGGUGCUUAUUGUUCAGUCGAUCUCGAACCUGGGUACCAUUUGUCGGCACCCAGGACGACAUCCACCCUUUCAGCUGUAUUUAGGCGUAGAACAAUCAGAUGCACCAGUAAGCAGUGGAUCAUAUCAUACAAGUACAUGUAUAUAAAUACUUUUAUAAGGUUCUGUGAUUUUUAGGAAUAUGAACAUUGGUCUUGCGCGAGUAUGUACUGCACACAAGAUGUAUGAUUUUUUUCAAAACCAUUGUAGAAGCGAAACAACUUUAGAAUGGCAAAGCCUUAUAAUAAAUCUCUCAUAUACUAGUAAUAGCCAAAAUUAAAGUAUUUUAUUUAUAUGAUCACUUUCACACGGUACUUAUUUUUAAAAUAUAGUAGUAGUAGUAGUUCAUGUAGUUCAUGUAGUUAUUCCUUUACAUGGAUCAACGUGACCCAACCACUCUGAUGCAUUCCCUCCGCCCGGCCCACCACAGGUCUUUUGUGCAUAGAGUUGUGAGCCGUCAAAAAGUUUGCCGUUUUUACAUUUAUAAAUGACACGUAUUUCUAUAGUAACUGGCUGGGCAUCUGGUAUCACAGGUUUGUCAGGACAACUGGCUGGAAAAAAUAAAAUAAUGACAUGAGAACACAAUGUAAUUGUUGAAGAUGGCUGCUUAAUGUUCAUUUUCUAACGAAGUAGAAAUAACAGUGCUAUAUUAUACAUGGAGAGUGUUUAUUUGUGCUGUGCACACUGCGUGCAUCUUGCCAGUAGAAAUUAGUUCGAUAUCUGCAUUGAUCCUCUGGCAUGUUUCAAUUAUGCCGGACAGGUUGGCAGUUAAUUAAUCACUGCAAACGCUCAACGGAGAAAGAGAACGCCAAGUGGGAUACAGAUUAAACCAUAUGCUUUUCACGAUGGUUUCUAAUAAAUGCCAUUCCCGUAACUUCCGCCUCAAACAAAACAACGAAGUGCAGAACACAAAGAAAAAUGAAAGUGUACGCAAAUUCCUACGUUUUUAGUAUCUGCUGAUAGCCCGGAUGUUCGAGCUGAUAGUGAAGGGAGAGGUACAUGUACAUUUCAUCGCGUUCACAAAGUUUAAUUUGUACCGAGGUGUGGAAGUAUCGUUGUAUUCCUGCACGGGAAAGAUGCCCUAUUCAUUAGAUCGAGCAAGCCUCUUUUUAAUAUAGCA